AACUAUUAUUGCUACUUACUACAAAGCUAGCUAGUUAUAUAUCUCUUCUGAAAUUCUCUGCAAUAUUUUGUUUUUAGACAAGACACAGCCAUAUAAUAAUGUCUGCUCUUAAUCUCAAACUCAGCCUUUUGUUGUUGUUGUGUUGUGUUAUUGGUGGGAUUAAUGUUUCAGCUCAGUUGUCUCCUACCUUUUACGCCAAAACAUGUCCCUUGGCCCUUGCCACCAUUAAAGCAUCAGUAAUCUCUGCUGUCCUUAAAGAGGCUCGCAUGGGCGCAUCCCUUCUUCGUCUUCACUUCCAUGAUUGCUUCGUUCAAGGAUGUGAUGCAUCUAUACUUUUAGAUGAUACUGCAACUUUCACAGGCGAGAAGACAGCCUUUCCAAAUGUUAACUCUCUCCGAGGUUACGAAGUAAUCGAUUCCAUCAAAUCGAAGCUCGAGAUUUUAUGCCCCGGAGUUGUCUCCUGCGCCGAUAUCGUCGCUGUUGCCGCCAGAGACUCUGUUUUUGCUCUAGGUGGGCCCACAUGGAGGGUACCGUUGGGAAGAAGAGAUUCAACUUCGGCAAGUUUAAGUUCUGCUAACUCGGAUUUGCCAGCUCCCUUUUUAGAUCUUAAUGCUCUUAUCGCUGCUUUCGCUAAGAAGGGUUUCACGGCUGAAGAAAUGGUUGCACUCUCAGGAGCUCACACGAUAGGGAAAUCACAGUGUACCAACUUUAGAACGAGGAUUUACAACGACACCAACAUCGAUUCCACGUUCGCAAAAACCUUACAAGGAAAUUGUCCGAGCGUCGGUGGUGACUCAAACUUGGCGAAUUUCGACACGACAACUCCCAACUUGUUCGACAAUGCAUACUUCAAGAACUUGUUGAGCAAGAAGGGUUUGUUGCAUUCUGACCAGCAGCUCUUCAAUGGAGGAUCCACAGAUUCUCAGGUCACUGCUUAUAGCAGAAACCUUGGGAGUUUCAGAGUUGACUUUGCCAAUGCUAUGGUCAAAAUGGGAAACCUCAGCCCCCUCACAGGAUCCAACGGUCAGAUUAGGACCAAUUGUAGGAAAGUCAAUUGAUUAUAUUCAGCUAUGGCCCCAAAAAAAAAAAAGAUUAUAUUCAGGACCCAGUUAAAAUGUGCAAUGCUAUAGU